AUUCGGUGGUGAGCUGGUUUGCUGAGGCGGAGUGGAGAUCUUAGGCUCAAUGAUGUGCUCUAUAGUCCCGAUUCAUCAGUGGAGUCUGGCUGUGUUCUUGUUGUGCUCUUCAGUGACUCUUGACGGAAAACCAGUUGAUGCACUUAGUAGCAGAGCGAGGAGGUCAGUGAGUCACGUCCAGCUGAUGCACGACAAGGGCAGCUCCUUACAGGAGUUAAAACGUCGCAUGUGGCUGCACGAGCUGCUGGAGGAGGUGCACACAGCCGGUGAGCGAGCUCCAUCUGUGCAGAGCAGAGCCCAGAGUCAAACCUUUAGUGGGAAUGCCCUGCCUGAGAAACCCCCAGGGGCCACAAAGAACCUCCAUGACAGGUUUGGGACGGACAGAGACGGCUCUCACCUGCCCCAAGAGACGAACAAAGCUCUGGCUUAUAAGGACCAGCCGCUGAAAGUGGCCACUAAGAGAAAAAAGAAGGCAAGGUUAGGGAGACGAAGAGAGAGUGACAACAAGAAGCGGAGCCGGGCACGGUCGGUUUCAACUAAGGAGCCAUGAAGGAUGCAGUAUCCCAACUAAGAGACUUUAGUGGUACUGCACUCAGACACUGACAGGUUCAACUAGACUGGGAUCUGAGAGACUCCAUACAUGACUGACUCUGUCAGUAAAUAUUAAGACCCUGGGACUGUGCUUAUAUGAUAAUAGUUUGCUUGGUUUGUAUUUUCAAAUUCAUUCUUCCUGAUGUUUUGUCAUCGCAUUUUUGCUCCAUAUUUAUCUGGACAUCUUUAGGCCACAGUAAUCCAGAUUUGCAUCAAAACAAUGCCAUACGUUUCUGCACCUGCUGUGUGUGCAGAUAGAUCACAGGAGGAAUUAUUUAUUGCCUGACAGUAAUGUAACUUCAACUUUUGUAUGGCUCUAUUUGUGUUGACUAUCAUGGACUGAGUCAAAAACAAACUGUUCACUGAAUUCAUCUGUCCAAACUGUUCUGCCAUAAUUUAUUUCACUUUGAAAGUGUGUAUUUAUUUUGUGAAUGUAUUGCGGUGCUGCUGACUAAAUUCCAUAAUGCACUUUAGUAACAUCCUGUCCUUGUUCUCGUGUGGUUGAGAUUUGAUUUGAUGUUUCUUUUUGAUGGUUCUGCUCUUCUUUCCCACCUGGUAACUUAUUGGAUGCUUCUUUAAUCCCACUCCGACCAUUCGACAUCUCAGACUAUUUCUUAUUGAAGAAGCCUCAGACUGGGGCUGUAAGACUCUUUUACAAUGUUCUUUACUUGCACUGAGGGCAUACUGUACAUGUUUCCAGUUAAUCAAACAUUAAAAUUGUAGCCAGAAGAAA